AUGAUCAAUUUGUCAUUUACGAAGAAAAGUGAUUGGGAAAGUGUUUAUGAGCCUUCGGACGAUUCUUUCUUAAUGGAAGAUGCAUUAAUUGUGGAGAAGAGUGAGAUUAUGAAGCUAAAUCCUAAAUUUAUCUGUGAAAUAGGAUGUGGAAGUGGGUACUUGACGGCAUGCCUAUUGAAAAUAAUGAAAGAAUUAGAAGCAGAGUUUCCUCUACCAAUUGCUUAUUUAGUGGAUGUGAAUUUAAAGGCAUUAGAAAUGUCUGAAAAAGUUAUAUCAAACAAUGAAAUAAACUGCCCAAUAGAAACGAUAAAAAUGAACCUCUUUACUUGUUUUACAAAGAACCGAGGACUAUUUGAAAUAAUAAUUUUUAAUCCACCUUAUGUCCCUAGCACAAAUAAAGAGCUUAAUAAAUCUAUUUUAAACUGCGGAAUUGAUUCAGCAUGGUCUGGGGGGACCAAUGGCCUAUUUUUUGUAAGUUAUUUUCUAUUUGGUGACAACAGACUUAUUUUAUCUGGAGCAAACUACCAACCUCAAGAAGAAGAGAUCAUUCGAAUUGAGGAUCAAUUCUAUGAUUUUCCGUGUUUAAUAGAUGUUUUAGCUCCAAAGGGAGCUUGUUACCUGCUUUUGGAAAAAAAUAACCGUCCCGAAUUCACUCUUGAGCAAAUCCUAAAAGACUCAAGAUAUUCAGGCUGGAAUGCUAAGUUUAUUAUUGAUAGAAAUGUUCAGCUGGAACACUUAUAUAUUCUUAAAAUAUCCUCAAACUAA